UGUUUUGGCAACUACGUGGUUUCGUGUUUUUGGUGUGUUUCUGUUUUGCGAUGUCUGGCCGAGGCAAGCAGGGAGGUAAAGCGCGCGCUAAGGCGAAAUCUCGUUCUUCUCGCGCUGGUCUUCAGUUCCCCGUGGGCCGAGUCCACCGCCUGCUCCGCAAGGGCAACUAUGCCGAGCGGGUGGGAGCUGGCGCGCCGGUGUACCUGGCGGCGGUGCUGGAGUACCUGACGGCCGAGAUCCUGGAGCUGGCGGGCAACGCGGCCCGCGACAACAAGAAGACGCGCAUCAUCCCGCGCCACCUGCAGCUGGCCAUCCGCAACGACGAGGAGCUCAACAAGCUGCUGGGCCGCGUGACCAUCGCGCAGGGCGGCGUCCUGCCCAACAUCCAGGCCGUGCUGUUGCCUAAGAAGACCGAGAGUCAUCACAAGGCCAAGGGCAAGUGAUUAGACAGGCGCUUGAGGUUCCGGAAACGCUUUCAAACCCAAAGGCUCUUUUCAGAGCCCCCACCGUUUC